UUUUCCCGGACGACUUGCCAAGUGGACUGCCAUCCGAACGACCCCAAGACCACAAAAUCGAGCUGGAGCCCGGUGCGCAGCCUACUGUACGAACUCAAUGGCGCCUGACUCAGCCCGAGCUACACGAAUUACGGAACCAGCUUGACUACCUGCUGGCAAAAGGGUUAAUUCGGCCGAGCACGUCCCCGUUCGCAGCGCCGAUCCUGUUCACCCCAAAUAAGGAUGCAGACUUCGCAUGUCAAGCUGUGUUCGAGGCAUUAAAAACUCUUUUAAUGUCGCCAUCGGUACUUCGCAUCGCUGACCCGGAACGGCCCUUCGAAGUCAUCACCGACGCAAGUGACAACGCUAUCGAAGCAGUGCUCAUGCAAGAUUUCGGCAAUGGUCUUCAACCAAUCGUGUACGAGUCUAAAAAAAUGCAAUAU